GGGAGUCCGGUAUCGCUGGCAGCUGUUUAUUUUAGUGCUAAACUAGUCCGGGGUCAUGUUGCAUGGAGAGAGGGGUGAAUAGUUUGUGCGCAUACACCGAAGCGCAUGGAUUGGGAACUGGAACCUGACGGUAGACGACACCAGUCAUGUGUUCUACAUGAGACGCCCGGCGAUACGUACGAUACGCCUUCUCGUCUGAAACGUACGCAUUUGGGGUAGUUCUCGAUUGUUUACAAAAAUCAGAAACGUGUGUUACGCAUUGCUUUUGCAUGUGGUCCGUUCUUCAGCGUCCGUUACAUAGAGUGAGAGGGUGUCAUCAUGGAAAGUGAAACCAAACGCACACCAAACUUCCUGGUGACCUGUGCGGUAUUUUCUCUUCUUUUGAAAACAAGCACAUCAAAGCCAGUCUAAGGUGGCAUAUGACGAUUUGUUUUAACCGCUGCUGCUUGCCAAUUCUUCCGAAAAUUUGAGCGUUACCUAACGAGUCAUUCCGUUAAUUUCAAGAGAAUUAUUUCUGCGUCGCAAUAACACAUACGCGUGCAACCAGAUGCCCAACCCGGCUGCCUUUCAGCCUUCAGGUCUGUGGAAGCUCUCACCAUGAGUCACAAGGAAAGGCCCUGGACAUGACUGGGUGCCCGCUGUUCCUGCUUUGUGUGCCAUAGGCCUCUAUCUCUGUGUUUAACAAGGCACAGAGAAGGCAAAAAAAAAAAAAAAAAAACCUACGGCGAUCACAAAUGGGGAACUGUUGCGUUUCGACCCCCCAAAUGGACUCGGUGAAUGAAAGAAAAACGUUGCUGUGUGGCUCUAAACCUGGCGCCAGCGCCCCGGGUGAAAGAAGUGAUGCCGGCUCCCGGUUGAAGGUUGUCAGGAACCAGGUUGUCCCUCUGGAGCAGCGGGCUGAGCAGGCUGGCACCGGUUUAAAAGAAACACACAGAAAAAGUGCGCGGGGAAACGCUCCGGAGAAUGCCAACGGGAGCUCCGCGAUGUUUCCGGACGGAAAGCCAGGCGGACAGGAACGCAACGGCGGGAAGGGAGCGUCGGACUGCCCCAAGCCGGGGAGAGCGAGGCGCGAAACGCCGGCGGUGAGCCACAGCACCGCCCCCGCCUGCCAAGCCAAGAAGGCCAAGAAGGACAAGGAACCUGCCACCAGCAAGAGUGUCUCCACUGAGGGCCGGGGAGCAGAGAACCGAGCCUCGAAGGAGGCGACAGCCCCGGGCGACACCGCCCCGAAGGAGGGAGAGAGGGAGCGGGGCGGCGAGAGGGAUGUGAGGGAGGCCAAGGAGGUGGGCGCCGCGGAGACGGAGGCCGGCGACGAGGGCGAGAAGAUGGAGCUGGGCAGCCCGCACCCGGACCAGGGAGAAACCCAGCGGGAGCCCGCCAAUCAGGGAGCUCCUCAGCCUAUGGACGUGAAAGGGGAGCCAAUGAGAGGAGGGGGCGGUCCCGCGGAAGUGGAGGAGAUGAACAGCGAUGAAGAUCUGUACAGAGGGGCGGAGGAGAUCGAGAUGGAGCGGGGCAAAAAGGGACAGGCGCCAUCGCUGACCCAGAACACCUUGACAGAGGUUCAGGACCGGAGCAGCGUGGCAGUAGUGGUCGACCUUCUGUCCUACAGUCAGAGGGAGUGGAGGGGUCACACGGCCAAGAGCGCCCUCAUCAGGAAGGGCUAUGAGGCAGUGUCGCAGAGUUUUGAGGGUCUGCGAAGAGUGCGGGGGGACAAUUACUGCGCCCUGAGGGCCACCCUGUUCCAGAUCCUCGCCCAGAGCACUCAGCUUCCCCUCUGGCUCGAGGAUGACAUCACUCUGUGGCCAGAGAAGCUGUUGUCACAGAAGGAUCUGAUUGGACAGUGGCGGUUUCCCUUGAGGCAGAGGGAGGAGCACACAGCGGAAAGCGCCGUGGAGCAGCUGAAACACUAUAUGAUACUCCUGAAGACUAAGUGGCACGCGGCAGCCUCUGCCAGCGGUGCGGAGGAGAGGCAGCGGGUGUGCGCGCAGGUCUUCCAGGGCGAGGAUGAGGAGUACGCGCUCCUGGAAGCCCUGAAGUUCCUGAUGCUGCGCACGGCCACCGAGCUGCACCAGCGCAUGCAGCGCGGCGCCGACGUGCCCGUCUUCUGCUGGCUGCUGUUCGCCCGCGACUCCUCCCCCUGCCCCCGCGCCUUCCUCACCAACCACCUCAACCACGUGGGCUCCAGCGGCGGAUUGGAGCAGGUGGAGAUGUUCCUCCUGGGGUACGCCCUGCAGCAGACCAUCAAAGUGUACCGGCUCUACAAAGCAGAUACGGAGGAGUUCAUCACCUACUACCCUGAUGACCACAAGGAGGACUGGCCCUGCGUGUGUCUGGUCACCGAGGACGACCGGCACUAUAACGUUCCCGUAGCUAAGAGGGACAGACUUCAAGUCCCAGAGGCCACCACACUGGGCUGAUCUCCGCUGAUGUGGAUAGUCAUGAAUUGCAAGGUGGCAGAUCCCUCCCAGAGACCCGACAGGUUGAACUCCAGAAUAAAUAAAUGGAUAUUUACCUCUAAAAUGGAGAGGUUAUUGAUCACUGAAGAUCUCUAGGCACUGAUAACAAUGGAUUGCAGCAAAAAGAAGACAACACCCUGAGAAUGCUGUACUUUAUGUGACAAGGAAUGUUAAUUACUAAGUUUAUUUAGUAUUUUUGUGGUAUGUAGACUGGAAUUCCUGCGUUGAACACCACACCAGAUUAGUUGCAGAG